AUGCCUUCUCAAGCAAACAGCAGCGGUGCUACCCGCUCCAAGGCAUCUACUGCGAGUGGCGUCAAAAGGACGGCGGCAGGCUCACCACCUCCAGCUAAGAGGGCCAAAGCCAACACUACCGACGAGGCUCACAGCGACGAAGCUCACAGCGACGAAGCUCACCUCGACCACACCCACAUCUCAUCAUCCGGCUGGCUGAAUGCCCCCAGCAGCCAGGAAGGCAAGUCCCAAUCACUACAAGUCACACACCACAAGGGCGACAUGUUCACAGGCGCACCGCAAGGCACCGUCCUCGUACACGCCUGCAACACGCAGGGUCACUGGGGCGCCGGCAUAGCAAAGGCGUUCAAGCAGCAUUAUCCCAAAGCCUACUUCGACCACAACAAGUUCUGCACGAAAGACCACAGCAAGACAAGCCCCGUCGCGACAGGUACGGCGCAGCUCCUCGCGCCACGCGACGGCGACAAGCAGCACUGGAUCGGGUGUCUCUUCACCAGCGCAAAGUAUGGCAAGCGCAAGGAUAAGCCUGAUCAAAUCAUCGCAAAUACUGCACAGUCGCUGUCCAUGUUGCUUGAGCUGAUCAGCCAGGUCGACGACAGGGUUACGGAGAUUCGCAUGUGCAGGAUUAAUAGUGGCAAGUUUGGCGUGCCGUGGGAGAAGACGGAGAGUGUCCUAAAGAGCAUCGAGCUGAAGCCGCAUUGGCGCACCAAGAUCGAGGUGUGGAAGCCGGAGGAUGAGUAG